AUGGUCCUAGGUGUCCAUGAAGACGACACAGACGACGACGUUUAUCUUUUUGCUGAGAAGUUUCGGUUCAGAAGGCUGCAGGCCGAGUUGAAGCUAACGCGAACCGGUGCAGAUGCUUUGGAGUUCGAGCUUGUGGGAGACGACUCUAUCGGGAAGCAUGCUGGACUCGGCCAAGCAGACCUCUGGCUCAGUGGCUUCGAGGUCGUCACUGGGAGCACCAUCAUCAGUUGGGCCUCGAGCCUCGCAGCGAACCGCGCUGCCCUAGCAAAGGGCCAGAACGGCACGGUCCACUUCGAUCUCGCCGGGAAGAUACACGCAAAGAAGAAGAAGGGCAGCUGGGUGGCGGAGUUGUUCCAAACCAAGGUGCGAUACUUCAGUUUCAGCUUCGAGAACCAACAAAUCCUGGACUUCGCGCUGAAUCGAUUUGGCGGCAUAGACCAGUUGCUCUUGGAUAACCUCUUUAAAUUGGUCGAGACGGCCAUUCCUAUCAACCUCCUGGCCUCCCUGCAGUUUCUGCCGCUGAGGGAUGACCAACCACCUGAGCUCCAGGACCUUUGGCUGAGCGGGCGGAUGAAGUUGUCCGGGCAAAUGACAGAAGUGAAUGGCGAUCUUGCGUUGGAGUCAUCGUUUGACUUGACGGCACACACUGUACCUGCCAAGCUUCUGGACGUUCUGAUCAAAAACUUCGACGUGGAACGCCUCGCGGAGGAACUGGUGGGUGCUUUCCUGGCGGACCCCAAAGUGGCAAAGGCACUGCAAACUGGCGGCAAGAAUUUGAUCGAGAAUCUGCACGAGUACAGAUUCGUGGUCAGCGACCAGCUUAAGUCCCUCACAGAGAAGGAGGUGAACCUCGAGACGCUUCGCCCACUCCUGCUGGAGCAAGCCAGGAAGAUCACCAGCGAUCUACUGGUCCAAUUUUUGCAGCCCUUCCUGAAGGCUCAUGCAGAGGGCAAGUCCGACUACUUCCGGGGUUUCAACGUGCAGCUGGGUGGCGGUCUUCACUGGGAUCCAUCUGUUGAGAAUGGCCUUGCACGUGUGCAGCUCCAGCCUAGAGAGCUUAAGCUACAAGCAGGAUUGGAUGAUGAUGAGAAUCCACUGUACAGCUUCGCAGAGGCCCCUCUGGAAUUAGUGGAUGUGCUUGCGCUCCUU